ACUACUACUACUGACACUGCUACUGCUACUACCACCACUACCUCUACCACCACUACUGUUGCUGCUGCUGCUACUACUACUACUACUACCACCACUACCUCUACCACUACUACCACUACUACUGUUGCUGCUGCUGCUGCUACUACUACUACUACUACUACUACUACCACUACCACUACUACUGUUGCUGCUGCUGCUGCUACUACUACUACUUCUACUACUACCACCACUACCUCUACCACCACUACUGUUGCUGCUGCUGCUGCUACUACUACUACUACCACCACUACCUCUACCACUACUACCACUACUACUGUUGCUGCUGCUGCUGCUACUACUACUACUACUACUACUACUACCACUACCUCUACCACCACUACUGUUGCUGCUGCUGCUACUACUACUACUACUACUACCACCACUACCUCUACCACUACUACCACUACUACUGUUGCUUCUGCUGCUGCUACUACUACUACUACUACUACCACCACUACCUCUUCCACUACUACCACUACUACUGUUGCUGCUACUACUACUACUACCACUACCACUACCACUACUACUACCACUACUGCCACUACUACUACUACUACCACUACCACUACUACUACCACUACUGCUACUACUACUACUACUACUGUUACUAGUUCCAGGAUAAGCUACAUUCGUAGGACAACAUCAAGCAAGCCAUCAGGAGUUCACUUAAGUGACCUGCUGCCAGAGUGUUAUUUAGGUUAGGCCCACAUGUUGAUGGAAUCUCUAUUUUAGCCAAGAUGGACAGCGUCUUUGGCGAUGUGGAUGCGACGGAGACACUCCUAGCCAAGUUCUAUCCUGCCAAACAGACCGAGACUGAGUCAGUAGCUAGUACAAGUACAACCAGAGCCGCACCUUCAGUGAUCUUCCAAUCAGCCUCAGAAAAGUAGAACAGGAAUUAAAGACACGUGAAGAGCCCCUGUCUACUACUCUUACUUCCACUGUUACUAAGAAGAAUCCUAUUCCUGGUAUGGCCGCUGUCUCCAAGGAAAACAAGGAAUUGGCAGAGGUCAAGGGGAUGAUCAGAAAACAAGCAGCAAGCCUUUCACCCAAGGACAGUUCGGCCAAGGCAGGAUGGACAACUGAUGCCUAUGGACAGCCUACUCCCAUCUGCUACCGCUGUGGACAACCUGGACACGUCAGCUGCAAGUGUACAAUUAGGAUGGACCAGAGCUGGAACCUGUUAAACUGAGGAGGAUCCAUAAUGUGGGACAAGUUAUGGAUUUCAGUGUACAGGGUCCCAAAGAUGAUGAUAUAACUGGAUUUGUGGGUACUGCAUCAGAAGUGGAAGUUGCCGUUCAUGGGGUGAACUCAAAAGCCGUACUGGAUACCAGAGCUACAGUUUCAACCAUGAGCGAGUCCUUCCAUUAAGAUCCCCUGUUCCACCUCCCUAUACAGCCACUUAAAGGUAUCCUGAAUGUACAGUGUGCUGAUGGUAAGCCACUACCAUAUUCUGGAGAUGUAGAGAUACCACUUAGGUAACCGGUAUGUCACCAGCUGACCAGCAAGGUUUAUUUCUUGUUGUCCCUUACAGUGACUAUAACGAGAACGCACCUGUUCUUAUUGGCACACACAUUUUGCAUGUGCUUAUGGUCAUGGGAACAGAUGUUUACAGCGUGCUUAUCUAUUUAGCCCCUGGUACCUAGCCUUCAGAUGUCUUGUACUUAGGGAGAAGGAGUUAGUCAAGCGCCAGAAUAGGUCAGCUGUAGUGAAGAGUGCUGAGUUCAGGAGAUUUAUCAUCCCACCUAAUAGUGAAGUAAAGAUUCAUGGAUAUCUGGAUAAACCUCUUGAUUAUCACUCCACUUGUGUUGCACUGCAAGCUACUAAGACUUCCACAAUACCAGAUGACCUAGGCAAUGCCCCAAGUCUAGUCUCCUACAACAGUUUAGUGAAGUGUAUACUGACCAUGCAGUAUUUAAGUAGAUAACAUAUUGUAUAGAUGUAUUACCAUACAGUUUAGAUUGACUCAAAACUUGACUACUUGCUACUACUACUACUACUACUACUACUACUACUACUACCACUGCCACUACCACUAUUGCUGCUGUUCCUACCUUUACUAGUACUUCUACCAUUGCUGCUACAACUACUACUACUUCCACCACUGCUACCACAAGCUACAAUUCCUUCUGCUGCUGCUGCUACUACUACUACUACUACUACUACUACUACUACUUCUACCACUUCUACUACUAUUGCAACUUGAAGUACAACUUGAGUAAUUGUUAAUUAUGAGUAUACUAAAUGUAAUUCAUAACCCGGAAGAAACCCUCAGGCCACAGGUUUAAAUGAGCUCUGCCCCACACUGACGAGUAAUAGAAUGGUGGGAAACUAGUCAGUCCCCACUGGGACUUGCCUGAUACUAAUUAAUCUCUCAAGGCAUGGUUUGUUUGUUUGUAUG